AUGGUCUCGCUGUCGGUACUGAUCAGUGCAAGGGUUGGUAUUGGCGCAGCGAGCGCUGGCGCCACGCCAGACCACUACACCAGUGCCGGUGCGAGGCGCUCGCUCGAGCACUACACCGGUGCAAAGGUGCAGGCGGAGAAGCCCGAGGCUCUGUGGGGGCUCGACAACAUCCACAUGGGCUACUACCCGCACCUUUCGGGCGAUGGCUUCGUGCGGCUCUCCUUUGCACAGGCCGCCGACGCGCUCACGCAGCGUAUGGUUGAGGCCGCCGGCAUCAAUCACGAAUCCACCGUGCUGGACCUCGGCUCGGGCAGAGGGCUCGCCUGCCUCCAGAUAGCGCAGUUCACGGGUGCUGCUUGCGUCGGCCUCGACCUCACACCCGGCAACGUGGCGCGCUCGCGGGAGCUAGCAUCCCAGCACCCGGAGCUCAACCUGAUGUUCGUCGAGGGAAGCUUCACGAGCCUGCCGGAAGUCAUUGCAUCCGCUCGGUUCACUCACAUCUUCUCCGCUGCCGCUUUUGUGCACGCGCACCCCGAGCUGCCCACGAUUUUCGCAAACAUCCAGCGCUUGCUGGCGUCGGGCGGGCAGCUCGUGGUGAGCGACUUUGUCGCGGGAUUCGGGAGGGUGGAGGCCUCGGCGGAGACACGCCUGCACUGGUACGACCGCACCUCCGUGCCGUGCUGCUUGCACAGCCACGCACAGUGGACCGAGCUGGCCGAAGCGAGUGGCCUCCGGCUCCUGCGCUACGAGGCCCUGGACGAGCACCAGCAGCACGGCUACCUCGAGCUCGCCGCCGCGGCGCGGGCGCACGGCAUGUUCGCGCUAGCAGACUCGUACCGGUGGUCGGCGCAGUCGGUCCGUGCAGGGCACGUUGGAAUGAACCUCGCCCUCUUCUCUGCUCGCGGCGGGCGACUGGCGGGGAGCCAAGAGGUGAACAACGCGGCGGCGGCGAGUGGCGGAGCGGCGGAGUCGACGACGGUAGUGGGCCUCGCUCCAGAGCUCGAUACCAAAGGAGUCGGCGCGAUUGGCUCUGCCGCCGCCGCCCAGCACUACUACACCGUGGCGGGCGGCAGCCGCGGACAUUACAACCGCAUCCUCGGGCCGGAUAACAUCCACACCGGCUACUACCCGCACCUCUCCUCCCCGUCUCUCGUGCGGCUCAACUUGCCUCAGGCCGCCGACGCGCUGACAGAGCGAAUGACUCGGCUCGGGCGCGUCAACAGCUCCUCGCGCGUCCUCGACCUGGGCUCCGGCAAAGGGCGGUCCUGCCGGCUGCUGGCGUCGCUGACGGGCGCGGCUUGCGUCGGGGUUGACCUCACGCCAGCCAACGUGGAGCGCAGCAAGGAGGCGGCGCCGCCCGGCCUCCGCCUGCGCUACUUUCACGGCAGCAUGACGGCCCUGCCAGUCGAGGCGCUGACCGAGCCUGAGGGCGCGGGCGAGCCUGCUCUCUUCACUCACGUCUUUGCGCAGCUGAGCCUGUGCUACGUGCCGAAGGAGGUGGCCGCCGUACUCGCCCAGGCUCGCAAGGUCCUCGCGCCGGGUGGCCUCCUCGUCUUCGCCGACCACACCGCGGGCGACGGCCAGUUCGAAGGGACGGCUGCGACGCCGCCUCAGAGCGCCGGCUGGUACCGCCGGCUGCACAUGGGCAGCCCGCCUCGCUCUCAUGGCGCGUGGCGGAGGCUCCUUCACGAGGAGGGCUUCACGAUUCGCUUUUACGAGAACAUCGACGACCACAUGGCCACAUCAUAUCGAGACGCGGCGGCGACAGCGAGCUCGCUCGACCUGGUGAGCCAGGACGGAGUCCCGGUCGCAGAGCAGUACCGAGAGCAGGUCUGGACCCUCGAGGAAGGCCACAACGGGAUGUUUAUUGCUGUCGUCUCACCGUAA